GUGAAUCUAGCGGAACAUACCAACUGGUGCCGCUGGGUGAAUAUGGCGUCUGGUUGCUUAGCGCUAGCCCGUCUAAUCUCUCUUUGAUAACGUUAGCCCGUAUCAACUGCGAUAUCCGUUACUAAAUUAUAAACAGAUUAUUUAUUCAUCAACAUAAUGUCGGAUUCGGAGGAAGAAAGUCAAGACCGACAGCUAAAAAUUGUUAUUUUAGGAGACGGAGCUUCGGGAAAGACGUCGCUGGCCACGCGGUUCGCUCAGGAGGCCUUCGGGAAGCAGUACAAGCAGACGAUAGGCCUGGACUUCUUUCUGAAGAGAAUAACGCUGCCAGGCAACCUGAAUGCUACUCUGCAGGUCUGGGACAUUGGGGGACAGACUAUAGGUGGCAAGAUGCUGGACAAAUACAUUUAUGGAGCUCAGGGUAUUCUUCUCGUCUAUGACAUCACUAACUACCAGAGCUUCGAGAACCUGGAGGACUGGUUCGGGAUGGUGAAGAAGGUGAACGAGGAGUCCGAGGUGCAGCCGGUCAUCUCCCUGGUGGGGAACAAAAUUGACCUGGAGCACAUGAGGACGGUGAAGGCCGACAAGCACCAGCGCUUCUGCCAGGAGAACGGGCUCGUCAGCCACUUCGUGUCGGCCAAGUCGGGAGAUUCGGUCUUCCUGUGUUUCCAGCGAGUGGCAGCUGACAUACUGGGUGUGAAGCUCAACAAGGCAGAGAUUGAGCAAUCUCAGCGUGUGGUGAAGGCCGAUAUUGUGAACUACAGCCAGGAGCCCGUGGCUCGGACAGUGAACCCCCCCCGCAGCUCCAUGUGUGCGGUGCAGUGACACCCCCCCAGCACAGCCAGAGGUUUCACAAACUGACGAAAGCAGAGCAGGAGCGGCAGACAGCUCCCCCACACUGGACCUCAUCCUGCCCUGCAGGACCACACAGAGAAGAGACAACACUACUGAGCCCCGACCGGCCCUUCUGCUCCACGCACACACUCACGUUCAUACACAUACACACACACACACACACACACACUGUACAUACACACUCACGCUCACACACACACACACAUACACACACACUGUACAUACACACUCACGUUCAUACACACACACACACACACACUGUACACACACACAUACACAUACACACACGCUGUACAUACACACUCACACACAUACACACACACUGUACAUACACACUCACGCUACACCACACACACACACACACAUACACACACACUGUACAUACACACUCACGCUCACACACACACACACACACACACACACACACACAUAUACACACACACGCACACUCGCACUCAUACAAACACACACAUAUACACUCACUCAAACACACGCACUCACACACACACACACUGUACGUACACUCACGCUCAUACAAACAUACUCAUAUACACACACUCAAACACAUGCACUCACACAUAUACACACACAUACACACUUGUAUACACACACACAGUAGUGUACACACAACACACUCGUAUACACACACAUACAUAUGCAGUCAUACACGCAGCCACACACACUCAUAUACCCAAGCACAUUCACUCAUGCUCAGAGUCAUACACACAUCUGGGCUUAUGUAUUUGUUAGUAUUUUCUCUGUAUCGCUGUUAGACUACAAAUCAGUGUUUUGUGUCAGUUGUGGUUCUGAGAGAAUGUUUACUGUAUAUUACCGAGAACACUAUUCCUUUAGUGGACUUUUUCCUGUGUGCGUGUGCGUGUGUGUGUACGCAUUUGUGUGUAUGUGUGUGUGUGUGUGUGUGUGUGUGUGUGUGUGUGUAGACGUAUCUAUAGAGAGGAGUGGGAACUACAAUUCCCAGGUGUAUAAUCCUGACUGCUCCACAUCUACAUUUCACCCUAGACUAUACCUGAGGGAGACUUAACUUUUAACUGCAACGCAUUAAUGUUAUACACACACUGUCAUCUCUUUCCCGGGUUCGGAAAUGUGCCCUUUUUCAUUUCUUUUCCCACAUUCACACAUGUAAAGUCAAGCAUUUAUAAUGCGUUUUAUUUUUAUUUUCUGUUGGAAUCAUGUGUCUGAAAACUGUAAAAUGAUCGAACUUUUGUUUGGCAGAACCCUUCUCUGCUUUCCUGCUUUUACAGUAAUAGAUAAUGUCACAGGGACCAAUUAAUAGUAUUCAAGAAAUUAUAUUGUUUGUCUUUCAAAGAGGCGUCCGUUUUAUUUAUUUUAUGUCGUGUUUUUUUGUUGAGGGAACAUGGGUGGGCCGGCGAAGGGGAGACAGUGAGGAGUUGGUGUUGAGGCCCGUGACAGAUUCGGGGAAAAUACUAUGUGCGGACGGCAGCGGCAAAUAGUGUCUGCACUGUCUUCCCGUGUGGUGACUCCCCGUGCACUUUCAGUCACCAGGGUCCGCUUUUGAGAUGGCGGCGGUGUUCACUGGCCUUUUACUUUAUUUGACGUGUGCACGCGCUCGCUUGUAGCCUGACUAGAAUGUUCUCAGCUAAGAAUGUCAUGGAAAGCAUUUGUGUGUGAUUAGUUUUAUUAUUUUUUUAAAUGAUUAUUUUAUUACAUUUCUUUAAGGAAAGUUUGCAAAGCUUAGGAUUCUGCUGUCAUAAAUAAAGUCCUGAUGGCACUAGAAACUAAGUUGCUUAACAGUUAGUUAAUAGUGUUAUAUUGUUAUAACAUUAUAAUUGCAAUAGUUAGUGCUUUUGUUGCUAUUGUAGUGUGAUGUUGCAACCAGCUUUGAAAGGGACCACUGGAGAAGUAUUUGAGUACUCAAACAGACACUAGAAAUGUAUUUGUUUUCAAGAAAAGAGUGAUAACUAUCAGUUAAGCCAAAUACCACUUCUUUGGAUGUACGAUUUGUGUUUGUGAGAACCAAUCACAGCUUAAAAAGAUAUAUGAGCUGUUUUCUAGAAAAGGUGGUUUACUGAAAUGUACAGAAUGUUUUUACUUAAGUAUUAGAACUAAGACCAAAAAACUAGGAGCAGGUAGUCUGUGCUUAUGUUUAGCAAACAUAGACUCUGAGUCAGCAAAGUAAAACAGCUGUGAUUCAUUAAGUGCUCACAAGGAUUUCAUCUAUAUAGACUUUUUUUUUCUUUUUAUCCUUUAAAUGAAAAUAAGGAUUUUCUUUUUUCUUUUUUUCUUUUUUGCUGAAAAGGAAUAUAAAAUGUAUAUGUAGACAUUAAACAGAGAUAUUGUAAGGCUUUGUUCAUUAAUCUGACCAGUAACCAUAUUACUGUCUGUAUAUUAUUUUCAUACUAUAUAUUGUGAACCAGAAAAAUAUAUUUACUGUCUGUGACAUUGUCACUUUCUGUGAAAAUGGUCUGUCUGUUAAUGGGACCAGAUCUAAAUAUGUGGUGCCCGUAUCUGCUGAUCUGCAUGUCAUCUGAAUGGGCUCAUAUGGGUCUCGAAGAUUAGACCUGGACAUCCAUGUAGUAUAUCUUCCGGACACCCGGCAGA